AUGUGGCACGAACCGGGCCAGCAAAUGUCAGCUGGCGGUGUCAAAGACGUUUCCUUCCUGGUUUCGCGUCAGGAACGCCUUCAUCGUACCUUGCGGCUUGCCGAUGGUGACAGCCUAUAUCUCGAUGGCCCAUACGGGCAGGAUCACAGCCUGGGCCGGUACGAGACAGUGAUCCUUACGGCUAAAGGCGUCGGCAUUGCGGGCGUCCUUUCGUCGGCUCUGAAUCUCCUCGAGCGCCGAGAGCAUGACUCUGUAGCCAAGGAUCAGAUGCCUCAUACCCGCGGCCCUCGUCUGUUCCGAGAUGCAACGCGGAAGGUAUCCAUUUUCUGGGUCUUGGAACAUGCAUCCCAGCAGGAAUGGGUUGCUUCGGAGCUGAAAAGCCUCCAGGGCCUGGAUGAAGAUAAUAUAUUCCUUCUUGUUUGGCUCAUGUACCAAUCGCCCGAGUCGUCAACGAGACCCCCACCCUUCAAGGUGUCCCGAUAUUAG